UGCUUCAAGACAGCGGUUCACUGCGAAGCUUCCUGGCCCUCGGAUCAACUGUUUUGAUCCGGUCCGGCCUCUUGACAAAGGGAGACUUUCUGCACACUGAUAUUUAAACAUUAUCCUGAGACGGAGCUGGAGACUGUGCGAGGAGUUCAUCCAACCGAGCAGGUGAUCGUUUGCGCUCCAACUGACGCAGGAGAUUUGCGCGUGGACAAUGCUCGCAAUCAGUGGGGGAGUGUAUUUAUUAUCAUUGUUUGAGCCUUAAAAGAAACUCUGUGUGGAUUCUUUUUUCUUUGAGACGCCCUGUGAAACAUCCCACAGCACCGGUCAUUUAUCCCUCAAAGCUGCGUGCACUCUCUGUUUUUGUUGUGGCGCUCUGGAGGAGCGCAGAUUCUUGGGGUGGACCUUCUGUUGUUUGCCAAAGUGCUUCAGCUCUCCAAACACAGUUUUUACAUUUCCCCCUAUAAGUUCAUAAAAAGUGCACCACGCCAUCGGACGGGGUUUAAAUGUUCGGGAUUCAGGAGCAUCUGAUACGAGAAGUGAGCGGAUUAAAAGAGAGAAGUCUUGGAGAGGAGAUGGAUCCGAUCCGGUCGUGGGUGCGUAAUGUCGGGGUUGUGGACGCGAACGUCGCGGCGCAAAGUGGAGUGGCUCUGUCCAGAGCUCACUUUGAGAAGCAGCCACCCUCCAAUCUGCGCAAGUCCAACUUCUUCCACUUUGUGCUGGCGCUCUACGACAGGCACGGCCAACCUGUGGAGGUGGAGAGGACCGCGUUUGUGGACUUUGUUGAGCAUGACAAGGAGCAGACAGGAGAGAAGACAAACAACGGUACGCACUACAAGCUGCAGCUCCUCUACAGCAACGGGGUUCGAACGGAGCAAGAUCUUUAUGCACGACUCAUCGACUCUGUCACUAAACAGCCUAUAGCGUACGAGGGACAAAACAAGAAUCCAGAAAUGUGCCGAGUUCUGCUCACACACGAGGUUAUGUGCAGCCGCUGUUGUGAGAAAAAAAGCUGCGGCAACCGAAACGAGACGCCCUCCGACCCCGUCAUCAUUGACAGGUUUUUCUUGAAGUUCUUCCUGAAAUGUAACCAGAAUUGUCUGAAGACGGCAGGAAACCCGAGGGAUAUGAGGAGAUUUCAGGUGGUCUUGUCCAGCACCGUGUGCGUAGACGGCCACGUCCUGGCAGUGUCUGACAACAUGUUUGUGCACAACAACUCAAAACACGGUCGGAGAGCCCGCAGGCUGGAGCCGGGCGAGUCUGCGGAGAACACUAUGGAAUAUGCCACUCCGUGUAUCAAAGCCAUCAGUCCCAGUGAGGGCUGGACCACCGGCGGGGCCAUGGUCAUCGUCAUCGGGGAGAACUUCUUUGACGGGCUGCAGGUGGUGUUUGGCAGCAUGCUGGUGUGGAGCGAGCUCAUCACACCGCACGCUAUCCGCGUCCAGACGCCUCCUCGACACAUCCCCGGAGUUGUGGAGGUCACACUGUCUUAUAAAUCCAAACAGUUCUGCAAGGGAGCUCCCGGACGCUUCAUCUACACAGCCCUUAAUGAGCCGACCAUAGACUAUGGCUUCCAGCGUCUUCAGAAGGUCAUCCCCCGACAUCCCGGUGACCCAGAGAAACUGGCCAAGGAGAUUCUCCUCAAAAGAGCAGCAGAUCUUGUGGAGGCGCUGUAUGGAAAUCCACACAGCAAUCAGGACAUGCUGCUGAAACGUGCAGCUGACAUCGCCGAGGCUCUCUACAGCGUUCCUCGCCCUCACAGUCAGCUGCAGGCGCUGCCAAGUUCCCCGGCCCACGGCAGUGUCAUGGGUCUGGGCUCCUACCCCUCUCAGCUAGGCGUUAGCAUCGGGGAGCAGAGCAGCCAAGGUUACAUUCGAAACUCCAGCAGUUUGUCUCCCAGGGGUUACCCAUCAGCCUCCACUCCUCAGCAGUCAGGCUACGGCAGCGGCGGGAUGACCGGAGGCUACGGGACAGUUCCCAUGACCAGCCUAGGAGUUCCUGGUUCUCCUGGCUUCAGCAGUGCCUCCCCCACAGGCUCUCCAUAUAUCAUGCCCUCCAGCCCAACCAUCCCAGGAAGCUCCAGCUCCUCAUCGUCUCUCUUGCCUUUCUCCUCCUUCCCGUCUGCUGCUAAACAGAAGAGUGCUUUUGCUCCCGUGCUCAGACCCCAGGGCUCUCCCUCCCCUGCCUGCCCUGCCUCAGGGGGGAGCUUCAGAGGUAGCCACCCAUCUCACUAUCUGACCCCGCUGUCUGAACUCACGAAUGCAGUCUAACCCCCCCCUCCUCGUACUAACCCCUCGAAAAGCUAUGACUGAACAAGAGAGAGAGCGGUUGCUGGAUGUACAUUAAAUGCAAGAGCUGAGUGAUUAGAAUCAUAGACUUUGUAUAUUUUUUUCUCUCCAGCGAUGGCGGGCCUGGUUGUCCCCCCGAUGUAGCAAAGCACCCGCCCCAAUCUACCCCAGACCACUGCUUCACUUAGCCCCUCUUUUGGCACUGAGAGGGCGGGGGGGGAAUGGAAAAUUGAUCACUACCAUGUAUAACUUCCCUCCCCAAGUCCCCCGUUCCCCCCCAACGCCAUUUCUUAGUCCCUUUCUCAUCCAUGUGGAUGAACAGGACGGGGUAUGAAAAUGUCCAAAGACCAGCCAUCUUCUCCAGAGGCGGAGGAGUUUACUCCACCCACAGCUACAGACAGACAGACAGACCGUGCUCCUUAGCUACCAGCACCAGACUGGACCAUAUAUACUGCACUGUGUUCAAUGAAGGAAAACUGGUCCCACGUUCACCUCAAGCUUCUAAAGUGUCCGUGUCGACCUCUGGCCUGCUGCCACGUGCAGUGUUCGAUCCUUCUAACACCUGCCCGAACCUCGGCCAAGAGACGUGCGUUGUGCGAGCGCUGUUGGACGACGGACAACUCUGACAUGACGUGGCAGCUCUAAAAAAAGCAGGGUGCUAUCUUGUCUGUGUAUGGACACCUUUAAUGGCAUGUGUGUGUACACUGUCUGUGAGUUAGCGAGAGGUUGUUUUGUAGUAGACUUUUUUGAAGACAAUUUACAUUCCAGAUAAAAUAGACCCUUUAUUUUUUGUUCUGAUCUCUACGGUUUUACAAGGGAGAACUCUUUGUCUUAAGGGUUAUUACUAAAGGAAUUCAUAUAUUGAUUUAUUUAAAAAAAAACAAGCAAUUUAACUUAUUAUAGUUAGUUUAGGGAAUAAUAUAAAUGUGUUUUUAUAAAGUGGUCCUUUUUCCAACUGUUACUGAAAUGAAGUUAUCUCAGCAAUUGCUAGUUAAUUCGGUAAAUGAUCCGAGGUUAUGGGUUUUGUUUUAUGGGAGAAGAUAAAACUCUCCUGCAGGUUCUUUCAUGACAAAAUCCAAAUGUUAUGCCCACAGUUAAAGAAGGUUAUUGUCCUUGUGUAAAGGAAAAAUGUUAGUUAGCCUUAUCCUUUUUGAUUUCACUUAUAAUGCAUGCUUUGUCACACCAAUGCCCUGUUAUUAUUUCAUUCCAUGUUGCAAAUUUAAAUGUAUAUGACAACACCUUACCUAUGUAACAGUUUCAUUUUAAAUGUCUCAGCCCAGUACAGGUCUCUAGUCACUAUGCAGUAAACGGUAAACAAAAGCACAACUGCUCAGUAGUAAAGAACGUGGGCGUGUUCGGUGAUCAGUAAUUCAUAUCACGCUGUUCUUAUUCCAUGAUUUCUGUCAUUACAACACAAACUUCAUACUCAGGACGUGAAAACAAAGAACACAAAGAGUAGGUGACAUUUGCAAAUUGUAUUUUUUCUUAUUUUUUUUGAGUUUGGUUUAUUAUAUUUAUUUAAAAAAAUAUUAGCAAUUUUAAUAAUAUGUUUUUUGAAGCCAUUUUUCUUUGAAACAGUACAAAAAAAUGGUGCAAAUGUGGUUUGAAUAUCUCGAGUUGUAAUUAUAUUUUGUCCUCCAAAUAAAACAAGUGAGAAAAAGAAAAA